UAUAAAAGCUGCUUCCGUUCUUAGGCCUAACCUGUCGUUUUGUUUCCUCGGAAUAAAGGCCAUAUAUUUCAACUCGUCCUUUAAGAAAGCCUAAGUUAAUGGAUCGCUAUGGCUUUUUCUAUGCUGAGUCCACCAAUUUAAGGAUAAAAACAGUGUUACCCAUCUCAUUUCCUUCUAUGUUCUUGACAUUUUUCAGAAAACGUUCAUUGGGUUCUUUUUAAUCCUUCCUAUUUAUCAUUCAUCUUCUCUGCUAAAUCUGGAGGUUGUUGAUAAAUAACCAAAGAAAAGAUUGUUGGAAGAACACAACAUAGUUCUGUUUCCGGUAAGGGUAUCAACACUUUUGUUGAUCAUGGAGGAGGAAACAUCAUGGAUCACCAACCGCUUUGAUGACAUUGGGCGAGAGUUUACAUAUAUUUCAAAGUUUGAGAUACUCCCUGAAAUCAGUGAUGAAGGCAGUAAUUUAAACACACUGGUUCCCAUAGAUUUCAUUCUUCCUGAUGACUUACUGGAAAGAAUUUUUGCCUAUCUCCCUAUUGUAAGCAUCUUUAGAGCAGGUUCUGUAUGUAAACGUUGGUAUGAGCUUGUAAAUUCCAGAAGUUUAAGUGUUUUGUCCCAGAAACCUUGGUACUUUAUGUUUACCAGCUCUGAUGAACCGACUGGGUAUGCUUAUGAUCCCAUCCUACGGAAAUGGUACAGUUUGGAGCUCCCCCGCAUUGAGACAUCUAACUGGUUUAUUGCUUCCUCCUGUGGUUUGGUCUGCUUCAUGGACAAUGAUAGUAGAAGCCAGCUAUUUGUCUGCAACCCUAUUACCAAAGAAUAUAAGUCGCUUGAUGAGCCUCCGGGUUUGAAAUACUCUGACUACAGUGCUCUUGCAAUCUCAGUUGAUAGGAUAUCUAACAGUUACAUUGUUACCAUUGCAAAAUCUAAGCAAGUUCCUGGCAAUUUCCUCCAGUGGGAUCUCUCAGUUGAUGUCUACAGAUCAGAAACAAUGACAUGGAUGACUUCUGCGACAGAGCAGUUGACAGGGUGGAGAGGAGGAGAUGAGAGCGUGAUUUGUGAUGGGGUUUUGUACUUCUUGAGUUACUCUACUAGAGGUGGCAUGGGUUGGCAUGAUCGCCAUGGCUUGAUUAUGCAUGAUCUUUCUAGCCGAUCUUCCCAUGGUAAGCUGAUGCAUAUUCCUGUCCCUUACUCUCUGACAUGUGGUCGUCUGAUGAACCUUAAGGAUAAGUUGGUGAUGGUGGGUGGGAUUGGGAAACUAGACAGACCGGACAUAAUAAAGGGGAUUGGAAUUUGGAUUCUCAAUGGGGAAGAGUGGCAAGAAGUUUCAAGGAUGCCCCACAAGUUCUUCCAAGGAUUUGGUGAGUUUGAUGAUGUAUUUGCCAGCGGUGGAACUGAUGAUCUCAUAUACAUACAGAGUUAUGGAGCUCCGGCACUUCUUGUGUUUGAUAUGAACCAGAAGCAAUGGAAGUGGUCACAGAAGUGCCCUGUGACAAAGAGAUUCCCACUUCAGCUCUUCACUGGUUUUUGUUUCGAACCUAGGCUCGAAGUUGCUCCCUAAUUGUGGGCAUGUUCUUUCUUCUUCAUGGUAAUUGAUAAUUUAAUGCUGCUCCCUUAUUUUAAGUAAUUUUGGAAUUGAAGUCAGUGGAAAAUUCUAUAGAAAAUGUAGUGGACAAGGCUGUGGCUUAUUCAUGUCUCUCAUGAAAUGUGAAUUGUAUUCUUUGCUUUUGGAGAUAUCGUCAGAAGAGUUACAAGUUGAAAGUUUGAAGCCUUGUACAA